AUAAUCCCAGAGGACCAUCUAUCCUGGAACAGAUGUUGGAACUGAGCUACUAUGUGACUAAAAGGACUGAGUGCAUGUCAGAUGAUAAUCAUAUUUUGUCAUGAAUUGUCUUCUGGGCAACAGGACUACGAUUGUUUUGUCUCUGCACUUCAGGCCUGUAGCACAAACACAUUUUCAGGUCUUUCCAAUCCAGCUGUGAUGGAGUCAGUCGAUGAAGCUGAAGGACAACAAGGACAGCUGAGCAGGAAGAAGCAGUCUGCGAAAACCUCCCAGAAAACAGCACCGCUUGGUUGGGCUGCCCAGUGGAAUGGAUUAAUGCCUGGAGACAGCAUGUAUCUGUUUGUCCUCUCGCAGAUGUUGCUUCUCUGCAUGAUGCUGUGGUACAGCACUUAUGGGACCGUCCCAGCAGCUCAGAAUGCCUUUGACCUGUUGUCUUACGUGCUUGCACCAUUUGGACAAUUUUUGUCAGAUCAAGGGGAGGACCUGACCAGAGUUGGGAGCAUUGUGAUAUCAUACAUCCUGCUAUCCUUAGCUUCUCUAGGACUGUUACUUGUAGGAUCUCUGUUUUGGCAUCUGAUCAGAGCCCGUCCAGACCCCCCCUUUCCGCUCCAAGAGGACAGACGCCAAUCUGUGAGCCGGCAGCCUUCAUUCACGUACUCAGAGUGGACAGAGGAUAAAAAUGAGGAUGACUUCCUAGAUUUGGAUCCUGUACCAGAGACCCCGGUCUUUGACUGCGUAAUGGACAUUAAAGCGGAGACAGAUCCAACUACUCUAACGGUUAAAUCCGUGGGCUUGCAAGAAAGGAGAGGUUCAAAUGUUUCACUUACAUUGGAUAUGUGUACCCCAGGCUGUUCUGAGCAAGGUUUUGGCUAUGUCAUGUCACCACGGGAACAGUCGGCUCAAGAAUACCUCCAGACAGCAUCAAACAUCCUUACUGAAGAGGAACUGCACAAGAAAGCAUUGGAUCCUUUCAUACUCCAGGCAGAGUUCUUUGAAAUUCCAAUGAACUUCGUUGAUCCAAAGGAAUAUGAUAUUCCAGGCUUAGUGCGGAAGAAUCGCUACAAAACAAUUCUCCCAAAUCCUCACAGCAGAGUGUGCCUUACCUCAGCUGAUCAAGACGACCCUCUUAGCUCUUACAUCAAUGCUAACUACAUCAGGGGCUAUGGAGGAGAGGAGAAGGUAUAUAUUGCUACUCAGGGACCGAUAGUUAAUACUGUAAGUGAUUUCUGGAGAAUGGUGUGGCAGGAGCGUUGUCCCAUCAUUGUCAUGAUUACCAAUAUAGAAGAGAUGAAUGAGAAAGGUGAAGAAGUCAGAAACCUGAAACAUUACUGGUAUACGUCUUGGCCAGACCAGAAGACACCAGAUCAAGCUCCCCCUCUGUUGCAGUUAGUACUGGAAGUGGAAGAGGCCAUGCAGAAUGCAGAAGAGAAGAAUGCCCCAGUGAUUGUUCACUGCAGUGCAGGCAUCGGAAGGACUGGCUGCUUUAUUGCCACUAGUGUUUGUUGUAAACAGCUGAAGAGCGAGGGCAUAGUUGACAUAUUGCGAACAGCCUGCCAGUUACGGUUAGACAGGGGAGGAAUGAUCCAGACUUGUGAACAGUAUCAAUUUGUCCAUCAUGUCAUGAGCUUGUAUGGAAAACAGCUUUCUAGAGCAGCAGAAGAAUAAGUGUUCAUGAUAUUCCUAAAGGCUAAAACCAAGAGAACUUUUGACUGCAUUCAUAUAUAUUUCAGAUCUGAUAAGAGACACAUGGUAACCUGGCUGUCUUAGCUGGAGAGAGAGAGAGAGAGAGAGAGAUACUAUUUUACUUUGAUAUUGCUUUUAUGCUCUUGUUUGCAUUGACAUUUAAGAGCUGAGGUAUGCCUUGUCUUAAACAUAUGUGACAGGACAUAAUCUUCACCAAAAAAGGCUUAUUUAUACUGUAAAUAAGAAUAGUAGCUUCAUUUGUUACAAAAUCCAAAAAAAACAACCCCACUGUCUUCAGUUUGCUAUUUUUAAAAGAUAAUUGCUAAUAUAUCCAAAUACAGUGUGAAACUUUUUGAAUUGUCAUGCUGAAAUAUGUACCGUAUGUUGAACUAAGCUUGAAAGUAACUUUUUGCCUCUUUCUGAUUGUUUUUACAUAUAAAAUUACCGAAUACUGUGUAUAUCGUAAACCUUCUGAGCCUCUGCAUUGAAAGAUUCAAGUAGAUUCACAGUGAAGUGAUGUUUCACACCUCAUGUUUGCUUGUUUGGGGGUUUUUUUUGUUUGUUUUUUAAAAAGUCACCACCAGUGUUACCAGAACUAAGGGGAAAAAAUUAUUUUAUUAACAUGAGCCAAAUUCUCACCUGCAAUUCCUUCCAGCAAUGUACUCCAGAAUCAUAAAAUCUGGGGUGAAUCUGAGGUGAAUAGGAGAAGUCAAUCUGAACAUAGACACUUGUCGCUUUACCUUUUCUUUGUUGGUAUUUUGCAGUCUCAGCCUACAUCCAGAUGUGAGUUUUGCAAAUAGUUUCUCUUUUUACAUAGAGUCAGACCACAAUUCAAAUACAAUUUUCCCUGAAAUUUGAGGUUUGAAGUCAUGUGAGGAAUUUUGUGACUUUAAUUUAUCUUUAUUGAAAAUGUAGUGAUAAGAUCCCUUGUGUUCUAUGAACUUAAACUUGUUUCAAAGCUUUGAGGGUGACUGGAUGCCCAGUGCUCAUUAACAGUAAUGAGACUAGAAAUGUAAAUCCUAUAGGCAGCUUUAAAAAAAUCUCAGCCUGAGUGUGUUGACCGUUUUUUUAAUAAAUUUGCCCUCAAACCAAAUUUAGACAAUCAUUAGCCCCUUCUAAUCACUUGUCUGGGCAGCAGUGUUUCCUUUUAGAUAAUACAAACUGCUGCCCCUGCUUUUCUUUUUAGACCUCAGUCUGGCUGAAGACUUAAAUUUGUGCUUAAUGCUUAGAGGUAAGCACAUGUUUUGAUUCUUUAUUGAGCAAAGAAAGAAAGGGAGGUAUAAGAGAUCCUUAACAAGAGCAGAUGCGCAUUUUGUGAAUAAAAGCUGUAAUGAUCUACUAAAAAUACUUUUGCUUCUCUUUUUUUGUAACAAUAACCCAAACCCACCACUUUUAUUAGUGCAGGAGAUUGAGAAUUUACUACACUUGCUAAGCAGGAGAGGGUAAAACAGCACUCAGAACAAUAAGGGCUGAUCCUGCUUCCACCGAGGUUUUGCCAUUGAUGUCAGCAGGCGCAGGGUAGGGCCUGAAAUGUUAUGCCUACAACUUACUUUGUCACUGUGGGGAAAGUUUCCCAGUGUUUCAGUGCAUAUCCUUUGUGUUUAUUCUGUAUCCAUGAACCUGUAAAAAUCCUGUCGGCAGGGUUUGCAUGAAUGUGUGGCAAAAUGUGUUACCUUUAAACCACUUGAUUUUAUUGCUGUAUUUAAAAUACCUCCUUCAGUGAGAAGCUAGCAGGAAGAACUGGCGUUCUUUUUUAAAAAUACUGACGGUAGUCAUUAAAUAGAGCAAUAAAUUUAAGCUUUUGAGCAUAACAUGACUGUUAGUUUUAUGUAAACCGUGCUAGCUGUCUUUUCCCCAUUGCUACAGAUUCUUUCAAAGAGGUAAUGCUAUUCUAAGCACUCUUUAGAAAUAGCAAAAGCACCGCUGAUGUUCUGAAUAACAUUAAGUGGAACUCCCUAUAAAUAAUUUUUUCAGCUGUUCAGUGCCCUUCAGUGUCAAACCUGAGUAAGUGAAUAAAAUGACUUGUUGUGUCAUCA